CAUGGGCGGCAGUGGGCGUAAGCGGGUGCAACGCCCAGACCAAGGAGGUGGGCGUGUGUCUCCACGUCUAUUUAGAAAGGGAUUUCCUGUCGCUGGAGAGGAUAGUCUAUCCUCGGCAGGUGGACAUGUAUCGCUACGUCCCGGACGAGCUCCGCCAACCUCUGCCCCCGCUCCCGGAGCUUCCCGACGGAGACGGUGAGUGGCCAGAGCUUCCCGACGGAGACGGUGAGUGGCCAGAGCUUCCCGAGGGAGCGGCGAAGAAGGAAGACGCGGAUGCGAGGAACGUCGUCGUGGGCCGCCACCAGCACCUCCUGCAGAAGGAGGGCAGCUCGUGGAGGAGAGUGGCCCGGGAGGCCCCGGGGGACUUCGCCGUCAUCGACGCCUACGGAGAGCACGGCUGGGUCGAGGGGCCCGAGCUGGAGGAUUACUGCCGACGAAUUGGCUCCGUCAUCAAGUGCUUUGAGGACAUAUUGAUCGACUGUGACAGUGGAUAUGACUUUUUCAGGUACCGUCACCUUCUGCACUCUCUGGAUCGCGUGCACACCUACCUGUGCAACACGCCUCACUCCAGAGAGAAUAGAUUUUUGCCGUUCCUCCGGCUCAUCGAAUGCGCUGAGAAAGCCCGCAUCGAGCAGAGGUCCUGCCAGCGCCCCAACGUCACCAUCAACGUGUGGAACCAGAUCUUGCGGCUCGAAAUCGGCCCUGAGCUGUGCGAGUGAGUUCAGUGGGCGCGAGGG